AUGUUGUCGGCUGCGGUGCUGCUGGGCGGCCUGUCGAGCGUGGCGCUGGCGCAGUUCCCGCCAAAGCCAGAGGGCGUCACAGUGCUCAGGUCCAAGUUUCACGAGAAUGUCACCAUAUCCUUUAAAGAGCCGGGCAUUUGCGAGACCACCCCAGGCGUCAAGUCGUAUGCCGGCCACGUCCAUCUCCCUCCGCGGCUGCUCGAAGAUGCGGACGGCGAGCCCCAGAACUAUCCCGUCAACACGUUCUUUUGGUUCUUUGAAGCCCGCGAGAACCCUUCCACCGCGCCCCUCGCCAUCUGGCUCAAUGGCGGGCCCGGGUCCUCAUCCAUGCUGGGCCUGCUGAUGGAAAACGGCCCGUGCUUCGUGAAUGAAGAUUCCAAGUCGACGGUGCUGAAUCCGUGGAGCUGGAACAACGAGGUCAACAUGCUGUACAUUGACGAGCCCAACCAGGUGGGCUUUUCCUACGACACGCCCACCAACUGCACGGCCAACCUCUCUCACGACGGCUUCAUCCUCAACCCCGCCGACUUCUCUGCCCAGCUGCCCGAGCUCAACCUGACCUCUAUGGUCGGCACCUUUAGCAGCCAGAAGCCGACGCACACGACCAACAGCACCGCCCAGGCCGCUCACGCCUUGUGGCACUUUGCCCAGGCCUGGUUCUCUGAGUUUCCUCACUACAAGCCUAGCGACGACCGCAUCAGCAUCUGGGCCGAGAGCUAUGGGGGCCACUACGGCCCAGGGUUCAUGCGAUUCUUCCAAGAGCAGAACGAGAAGAUUGCCAACGGCACAAUCGAGGAUGAGCACGCCCACUAUCUCCACCUGGAUACCCUCGGCAUUGUUAAUGGUUGGCUUGACUCUGUCAUCCAGGAGGAGGCGUACAUUGACUUUCCGUACAACAAUACGUACGGCAUUCAAGUCUUUAACCAGUCCAUCUAUGAGGAGCUAAAGCACAACUUCACAAAGCCCAACGGCUGCAGAGACCAGAUCAAGCGAUGCCAACAGAGUCUCAGCCUCUUCGACGUCGCCACCAUCAACGCGCAGAGGGUCAACUUUGUUGACCUGUGCGACAUGGAGAGCUGGUGCAUGUCGCCGGCCGUCAGCACGUACUUCACCCUCAACAGCGGCUGGUUCGACAUCAGCCACCCUAUCCGGGAUCCCUUCCCGCCGAGCCACGCGUACGGCUACCUGACCGAGGAGAGCGUCCUCGCCGCCCUCGGCUCGCCCGUCAACUUCACUGCCACCUCGGCCGCCGUGAGCAGCAACUUUGCCAGCUCCUACGACGAGUUCCACGGCGGCUUCGUCGACGCCGUGGGCUACCUGCUGGACCACGGCGUCAAGGUCCACAUGAUGUAUGGCGACCGCGACUACGCCUGCAACUGGAUCGGCGGCGAAAGGGCCUCGCUGGUAGUCCCCUAUUCGCGCGCCGCGGACUUUGCCCGCGCGGGCUACGCGCCGCUGCUCACGGACAGGGGCGUCGCCGGCUUGACGCGGCAGCACGGCAACUAUAGCUUCUCGAGGGUGUUCCAGGCAGGCCACAUGGUCCCGUCGUAUCAGCCGGAGGCUGCCUACGACAUCUUCAUGCGCGCCACGUUCAAUCGCGACAUCCCGACGGGGCUGCAGCCGGUCAGGGACGAUCUGUCGACGGAGGGACCCAGCGACACUUGGCACGUCAGACACGAGCCGCCCGAGGCGCCUGCGCCCAGAUGCUACAUCUUGUCUCCUCAGAGCUGCGUGCCGGAACUGUGGGACAAGGUUGUUGCCGGUACUGCGUUGGUCAGGGAUUGGUUUGUGGACGGAGAGGCCGAGGAGGGCUUGUUUUCAGACGAGUUGUAG